UUCUCUAAAGAUAAUGCUCUCCGCCUCUCCCUAUCUGCUUUCCAGCCAUCUUCCUUUCUCCGGCCACGGCGGCGACCGGAGGCUCUUCCACCGUCCACAUUAUUCAUAAAAGUCUUUUAUCUCUCUUUCCAUUCCUCGGUCCGUCUUGGUCUGGAGUUCGGUCUUCUUUCCACCUCGAAAUUGCAGGCUACGUGUUUGUUGAAAUGCCGAACUGAAUACUCAGCCCUGCUGCUCUUCUUCUCUCGCAGUUUUUUCGAUAUUAGGAUUUUACAAGGUCGAAGCAGGCUCCUCCGGACACGAACCCUGAUGAUGUGUGGUGCAAGAUAGUGGCUUGAAUGCGAAACCACUUUGCUUUAAUUUCUGGUCUUUUUUCUGACAGAUUAGCUUGUUGGACGAACCAGAGCAUAAGAAGAAAAAGCUAAUGACACCAACCAGUAAUGUUCUGAGUGAUGAUAGCCGAUGCUAACGAUGGAGUCCUGAUUGCUUUACCUAGAGAAUAACUAUGAUAUGCAUUGGAUAGUUUAAGUAGGUCAACAAUAUCUCUUGCCUCGGCCGUCUUGAUGGUGAUCCAGUGGCAGAUCUGAGAUGCAUUCAUCUUCAGCAGCAUUGGCAGAUCUGCUUGGUCUUAUAGGUCUCUUACGAAAUUUUCUAAGGCACCUUAGGAGGACUUGGGUGCUUGUUCAUGUCGUCGAUGCAGCUGUAGAGGAAGACCAUGUGAGUGAUUACAGAAUCGUCAGAGAAGCAGGGAAAGGAUUCAGGGUAAAGGAGAAGCUGAAGCAGAUUCGAGCUGCUUCAACUUGAAACACAAAACCAAGAGGUCCAAAUGAGUCCACCAUUCGAGCUAUUGGACUAUAAUCCUGUUAUCUUGUAAGAUGAACUCUGUGAAUACUAAAUUGUAAUGUGAUCAUUCCUAACUAAAUUUAGGAUGCACAUUUCCCGUCCACUCUGAAUGAAUGUAUCUAACAAAGUAGUAGUAGUAACUAUCCGACACCUCAGAAAUAAAACGUCGUCUUCUGCGUCCGACAUUGAAUAGUAGCGCCCCCAUUUCUGGCACAUGCUUACUGAGAGAUAUGGUGGUGUUGUCAGCAGCCAAGUAACAGAUGAUGAUGCUAAACAAGGUACGGAAGUCGUUGUACCUUUGAACUCUUCCACUCUGUAA